AUGAGGCUCAUUAUUGUCUCUACUUUUACAUUCGCUCAACCUCCAUCUUCAACAUCAUGUGAUCGAAUCUGUGGAGGAAUAUCGAUUCCUUUCCCUUUUGGAAUCGGACGAAGAGAAUGUUAUCUCAACGACUGGUACGAGGUUGUCUGUAACACCACCACCUCCGGUACAAGUAAAACCAUAGCUCCGUUCCUCUCUAAGAUCAACAGAGAGUUAGUUAGCAUCACUCCUCGAAACAGCAUCGACACUUCCCACGGAGUUGUUCACGUCAAAUCUCCGGUGACUUCUUCCGGCUGUUCUCAACGACCCGUAAAGCCUCUUCCUUUAAACCUCACCGGUAAAGGAAGCCCCUUUUUCAUCACCGACUCGAAUCGUCUCGUCUCAGUAGGUUGUGACACCAGAGCAUUGAUUACAGACAUCGAAUCUCAGAUCACAGGAUGCGAAUCCAGCUGCGACGGAAACAAGAGUCGUUUAGACUCAGACAAGAUCUGCGGUGGUUACAGAUGUUGUCAAGCGAAGAUUCAGGCGGAUAGACCGCAAGUUAUCGGCGUUAACCUAGAAAGCUCCGGCGGUAACACAACUCAAGGAGGUGACUGUAAAGUUGCUUUCUUGACGAACGAGACUUACUCUCCGGGGAAUGUUACAGAGCCGGAGCAGUUUUAUACUAAUGGGUUUACUGUGAUUGAGCUUGGUUGGUACUUUGAUACAUCGGAUUCUCGGUUAACGAAACCAGUGGGUUGUGUGAAUUUAACGGAAACUAGGAUUUACACGAGUGCACCGAGCUGUAGAGGGAGACUUUUUCUCUGUGUUCUACUCUCUUUCCUAACUCUGUUCAUCAAUGGCGGCCCUUUGAUAACGACAGCUCAACCUCCAUCUUCAACAUCAUGUGAUCGAAUCUGUGGAGGAAUAUCGAUUCCUUUCCCUUUUGGAAUCGGACGAAGAGAAUGUUAUCUCAACGACUGGUACGAGGUUGUCUGUAACACCACCACCUCCGGUACAAGUAAAACCAUAGCUCCGUUCCUCUCUAAGAUCAACAGAGAGUUAGUUAGCAUCACUCCUCGAAACAGCAUCGACACUUCCCACGGAGUUGUUCACGUCAAAUCUCCGGUGACUUCUUCCGGCUGUUCUCAACGACCCGUAAAGCCUCUUCCUUUAAACCUCACCGGUAAAGGAAGCCCCUUUUUCAUCACCGACUCGAAUCGUCUCGUCUCAGUAGGUUGUGACACCAGAGCAUUGAUUACAGACAUCGAAUCUCAGAUCACAGGAUGCGAAUCCAGCUGCGACGGAAACAAGAGUCGUUUAGACUCAGACAAGAUCUGCGGUGGUUACAGAUGUUGUCAAGCGAAGAUUCAGGCGGAUAGACCGCAAGUUAUCGGCGUUAACCUAGAAAGCUCCGGCGGUAACACAACUCAAGGAGGUGACUGUAAAGUUGCUUUCUUGACGAACGAGACUUACUCUCCGGGGAAUGUUACAGAGCCGGAGCAGUUUUAUACUAAUGGGUUUACUGUGAUUGAGCUUGGUUGGUACUUUGAUACAUCGGAUUCUCGGUUAACGAAACCAGUGGGUUGUGUGAAUUUAACGGAAACUAGGAUUUACACGAGUGCACCGAGCUGUGUUUGUGAGUAUGGUUACUUCUCUGGGUUUGGUUACAGCAACUGUUACUGCAAUGACAUUGGUUACAGAGGGAAUCCAUAUCUUCCUAGUGGAUGUAGUGACAUUGAUGAAUGUGAGGAAGGAAAAGGACGAGACAGCUGUGGAGAGCAAACUUGUGUGAAUGUUCCUGGAUCGUGGAGGUGCGAGCCGAAAGAAGCAGAGAAGAUCAAGCCAGUGAUUCAAGGUCUUGUUCUAGGUUUGGCACUGUUGUUCUUGGUUCUUGGGAUAUGGGGAUUGAUCAAAUUCAUUAAGAAGAGAAGGAAGAUUAUCCGAAAGAGGAUGCUCUUUAAACGUAAUGGAGGCUUGUUGUUGAAACAACAGUUGACUACAAACGAAGGAGGUAAUGUGGAGACAUCGAAGAUAUUCAGCUCAAAAGAGCUGGAGAAAGCGACGGAUAACUUCAACAAGAACAGGGUUCUUGGGCAAGGAGGUCAAGGCACUGUCUACAAAGGAAUGUUGGUAGAUGGACGAAUCGUUGCUGUGAAAAGGUCUAAGGUUUUGGAUGAAGACAAAGUUGAGGAGUUCAUCAAUGAAGUUGGUGUUCUCUCGCAGGUUAACCAUAGAAACAUUGUCAAACUCAUGGGGUGUUGUCUUGAGACAGAGGUUCCUAUCUUGGUUUAUGAGCAUAUUCCAAAUGGAGACCUAUUCAAGCGGCUUCACGAUGAUUCUGAUGAUUACUCAAUGACUUGGGAUGUACGAUUGCGCAUCGCUGUUGAGAUUGCAGGAGCGCUUGCUUACUUACACUCGGCUGCAUCAACUCCGGUCUAUCACAGAGAUGUCAAGAGCACAAACAUACUUUUGGAUGAUAAGUAUAGAGCCAAGGUAUCGGAUUUCGGGACCUCGAGAUCUAUAAACGUAGACCAAACUCACUUGACAACUCUAGUUGCAGGUACUUUUGGAUACUUGGAUCCAGAGUACUUUCAAACUAGCCAGUUUACGGAUAAGAGCGAUGUUUAUAGUUUUGGGGUCGUCUUGGUUGAGCUCAUAACUGGAGAAAAACCGUUUUCUGUAAUGCGGCCUGAAGAAAACAGAGGACUUGCGUCUCAUUUCAUUGAGGCCAUGAAACAGAACAGAGUUCUUGAUAUUGCUGAUUCUCGGAUCAAAGAAGAUUGCAAGUUGGAACAUGUGUUGGCAGUGGCAAAACUUGCCAGAAGGUGUUUAAGUCUAAAAGGGAAGAAACGGCCAAAUAUGAGAGAGGUUUCGAUUGAGCUUGAGAGGAUCCGUUCAUCUCCUGAGGACUUAAAAGUACGUAUCGAAGAGGAGGAAGAAGAAGAAGAAGAACCUGCCAUGGAAAUCAUCAUGGAUGAUCCUUGGAGCGUCAACAUGACUGCUCCAGCUUCCCUCUUUGAUUUAUCGCCCAAGUUAGAUGUUGAACCGCUGGUUCCUCAACAAACAUGGUGAUGAUGAAACCUGAAACACUGCAAAUAUAUAAAAACUGUUGUUCAUUUGUUCCCUUUUCAAUGUCACACCCUUCGUUAAUCCAA